CCAACCCAUCAUAAUUAAUAACACCAGUUUCGACAAUGUGUAAUUCGCCGGAAGGGUUGCCGACGCCGCCCCUCCAAACACCAGUUUCGAUUCCAUUCAAUUGGGAGGAGGCACCAGGGAAGCCUCGACGACACGAUAUUGCAUUAACCAAACCCAAGCCCAAAGCAGCCAGGUCCCUGGAACUUCCUCCUGCCAAGCAGAUGGUAUCGAAUAAUUCAUCGCCUUCGCUGAUGAAGAUUCUGGAAGGAGGCGAGUCGGGAAAGGGAGUGACACACACACUGUCGUUUUCAUUUGGGAAGUUGUCGUUUCAGAGCCCAGAGGAGGCUGGAGGUAGCAAGAGGCAGAUGAGGAAGGAGGGAAUUAAUAGCAAUAGGUGGAAUUUGAGCUCCUGGAGAUGGGGAAGUUUCAGGAGAAACGAGGUUGCCGAUGGGGGUAAUAUGGACUUUCUGUCGUCAGUUAUGGUAGACGAUGAGAAUAGCCCAUUUCAAGGUCAAUGGUCGUCUAAUAACGUCAAGAAGACAAGGUUUAACAAACCUAAUUUCCUGACAAGCAUCUACAAGAGCUUUAAGCAGGCCGUCCCAUGGAGGCGCAAACAAGAAGGUUCGAGGAAGAAGAAGAUGGCAAUUUGAUUUGGUGAAAAUAAUAGAAGAAUUGUAUUGUUUUUAUGUGUUGUUUGAACUAUAUAUAUAUUAAACUUAUUUGAAAAAAAAGU